UUCACAAAUUGUUUUCCGAGAUAUCAUCUGACAGGCCGUGCCAACCUCUUACUGAAAAGACAGACAUCAGGGGAACAGGGACUCCCUUCAGAAAGUCCCUACAGAUGGAGGGGGGAGCAGGAAACGUCCCCAGCACCUCUGGAUCCCAGCGAGGGGAGGAUGGUGCAACCCAAAAACGCAAGAAAAGAAAUAAGGAGCAACGACCAGGAUAUCACAACAAGAAGGUCAAAGACAAAGAGAGGAGGAGAAAGAGGAAACACAAAACACAAAAGAGCACCUCAAGUGUAAAGAAAGAGGAAGAUUCUGAAAGUGAAGACACAGAUAAAGGUGAGAUGGAGGUUGUAGGAACAAGCAGCCAAACUGAGGAGACUCGGCCCGUAGAAACGCAACAUGUGGAUCCACAAGCGGAAGACAAAGUUCAGACUGUGGAAGAACAAAGCCAUGGAGAUGCUAAGAUGGUACAAGCUCACACUCAAACUCCCAUGGUUUGUCACAGCGACCAGGAAACACAGACCCACUUCUCUGAGGCCAGAACAAAAGACGAUGAGAAGACUCAACCUGAGACGGAGACGAAGAAGCCAAAAGAUACAACUAAAUACACACAAACUCCUGCUGUUUAUCACAGCGACCAGGAAACACAGACCCACUUCUCUGAGGCCAGAACAAAAGACGAUGAGAAGACUCAACCUGAGACGGAGACGGAGAAACAAGACACGCCAGAAGCCAAAACGCAAAACACUGCUCAGACUCAGUUAAAGCAAAAUGCAAAUAAAGACAAAGCAACAUCAGAGUCAACCGAGAAGCAAAACCCUGAGAAGGAGUCAAAGUCUAAAGAGGAGAAUCCCUCUGCAGGUGCCAACCCCAAGUCUUGGGCCAAAGUAGUGUCUGGAGAGGGCGGGAGUCAGAACCAGUCCAAUGUGGAAGCCUCCAAAGCAGCGGAUAAAAACACAAAAACACCCCAAAGCACACGGGGUCGAAGCCCAGUGAGACCUCCACCCACUGCUCCCAUGUUCACCGUUCACAUCUACGCAGUGCUGGACAAAAAGUUUAGAUUCAACCAAGACCAUGACACGCUUAUGAUGUGUUAUGAUCAAUCGGCAAUACCCCUUAAGAUGACGCAUUUUGUUGGACUACAACAGGGAGGAUAUCUGGUGGAAGCGAGUCUUUCCGUUGAAGAGCGGGAAUUGACAAGAGGCGAGUGGUGGACGUAUUGGUAUGGUGUGAAGCAACGAUCCAAAGAAAUAAAGACAGGAAUCACUAAAAGACACGUUCAAAUCCCAUUCAACACAAACAUUAAAGAGCUGCACCUUUAUGAAGGCUUCAUCUCUCGUCAUGACGGGCAAAGUUUGUGGCAGACUGGCCUUCAGAUGAUCGGUUUACACAGAUCAAAAAGUGUUGAGAUAUCAGAAGCCUGGCAGGCCUCAGCGGGGACUCUGCUGAGCAGAAUCUUCCAGAAAUGGAACCCAUCUGACAAACAGAGCACUGAGAGGUUGUGUGGCAGCUUGUCGCAUUUUAUGGAGAGUCUCGGUUCUGCACACACAAGGAUGGCAUUUCCAGACCAUUCACAACCACCAAUGAUCAAGACAUUUGAGCUGAUUGAGGAGACAUUGGUUCAGAUUUUAAAAGGAGAGCCGAAGGAGAAAGUCCCCGGCAGCUGGAGGAGCAGCAGUCCUCUCAUUCAGGGCCUGUCUGUGUUCAUGGUUUCCCAAAAGUGUCAAAUCAGCCUCGGAGUGAAAGGAUUGGCUGAGCUGUGUCUCCUCGUGUCCUCAGAGACAUCGAUGGACAAGAAACACCUGGACGAGUUACUAAGUUAUUUCCAAAAUCCACAAUUUGUGCUGUUGGCUCUGAUGAACCGCUGUGCUCAGUCCAUGGUGUCAGAGCUCGUCCUGCUCCUUCCUCUGCUCUUCAGGCUCAGACAGCCGGGAGCGGACGCAACCAAAGUGGGUCCGUCUGUGGAGGAGGAGAACUGGUCAGGACUUGAAAGAGUCUAUUACAUACAGUUCAGGGAGAACAUACAAACCCAACCUGACAAAAGGAAGAAAAUGCUGGGUUUUAUCCAGACACACUUAAAAAAGGCUGAGGAGAUGCCUCUGCUUCUGGUGAGCUGGUUAUCUCUGGUCGCAUUUGAGGAUCUUCCGGAACUUUCAGACAUGACGGGAAUACCUGCAGAACACCUGAUCCAGAGUCUGCUGUACAGACUGCGAAGAUGUGUUGAGUCAAGGGAUAACAACAGAGCAGAGGAGCACGUAAAGCACACUCACAACAUCCUGACCCAUUUACUGCUGAAGGUAGACAAAGAGAAGGACAGAAUGAUUGAAUCUGGUAAUAUAAAACUGGUCUUCAAGAGCAGCAUCAGUGUGUUGACAAACACAUGUGAAAUAACGCGACUCGUCCAGUCGUACCACGCUGCAGUCCUCUCCUACCAGCUGGUGUUGAAAUUGGCAGACAUGGUGGAUGCCAAACUGAAGAAAGAGUCCUCGGAAGAUGAGUUUGAGACCUUAAAUAAGAAACUCUUGGAGGAUCUACAAUCCGUGCAAAAGCGAGUCAUUGAGUGGAGAGAUGAAUUGCUGCACAACCCCCUUUUGAAGCCUGAGUCUAAAACACUCAGCUAUCCAAAGGAAAUUGAGAUGUGGGACUCGCUGCUGAAGUUGGAAUGCUCUCUUGAAGAAGUUUCAUCCAGUUGGAGGCUGAGCCUGAAAAAAGACCUGAAGAAGAGGAUUUCUAAGGCCAGUGAAGAGGACAAAGUCUUGGUCUGCUGCCUUGAAAUGUCAGCCAUAAGAAAAAGUGACGAGGUGGUACAGACAAGUUUCAACGAGCUGUGUCAGUCUGCUAUCAAGGAUAUCUGCCAGAGAAAGCAGGAGGGUGGCCUGAUGCGGAGCCUCUAUUCUAAGACGAAGGACCCACCCGUUGUUGUCUUGUCUGCUGUUGUAGUUGAAUCAGCAGCACGAUUCAGAGACAACUCUGUAGUCCAGCUGCUAGAUCCACAGUCUGCCAUGAACCACCUGCUGUCUCACAGUGAUUGGAAGUCGAUCCACAUGGAUGAUGCUGCAGGACAGGUUUUCGACAGCUGUGUUAUCGCUCUGCAUCAUCUGGUGGAGUCGCUGCUUCAGGGAGACGUGGCCCUGGGAAAUCUGGAGACCUGUCUGAAAUACAGAGACCAGUUCAAGAGACUUCAUCUGCAGUACAAGAAACACAUGAAAUCUGAGAGCGUUCCUGUCAGUGCAGAUGUGGUUUUGGAUCAGAGAGCGAAGGAUUUGGAGUCUUUCAAGCAACGAAAACAGAAAAUGGAUACACUGAUGAAGAUGAUAGCAAAGGUGGCAGAAAGCCUCACAGUUCCUGAGAUGUUAACUCUGGAGAAGCAGCACAGUGCAGCUCUGCACACUGUGAGCCUGAACAGACUGGUGGUUGUUCAGACCUUUGAUUCUGAGGGGAAGCUGGGAAAGACGGGCCCCUCCCAGGUCCUCUGGUACAAAGUCGGUAUGAAUGUCCUGAAAAUGUCCAAUGAGAUGCACAAACUGCAACCCAGCAACCUGAUUCUGUCCCACUGGGUCAGGGAGGCUGCAUCUCUGGCGUCAGCGAGGCAACCCUGCACAUCUCCUGUUCCAGUCACCCUGACACAGAUCUAUGAAAUCAUCUGGCAGCCGCUGAUCACAGAGUUCUCUCAGCUCGGUGUCAGCAUGGCCAAUGCAAGCAUCACUUUUGAAGAGCUCGAUGAGGUUUUGAUGGAAUCCGGCGCCCAGGGCGACGGGAAACGAAUGAAGAAGGAGCUGAGUCUGAUGUCUGAGAUACUUUGUGAGUCGGCAAGCUUCAAACCUGAGGAGAACUGGGUGGAGCAGAGGCUGGCUCAGAUCCAGGAGUAUCGACAGGUCCACGAGGCGGCCGCUGCAGCCAGUGCAAUGCUGAAAAUCGCAGAACAAAUGAAGCUUUCUGGGAACUUUGCAGAAAUUGAAACUCUCAGCCAACUGGAAGAAGACACAUUUAAGCAGAGGCCCCUGGGGUCCCUUACUGCUGACCUGUUUCAAGCCAAACGGCAGCUCUCCACAGUCACCAAACAUCACACAGCCUGUCUGGAAGAGUUUCUUGCGAGCCAGACUCUGGUCAGCUGGGUCAGAGAGAACCUUGAAAAGAUGAGCGAUGUGAAGGUGUAUGUGGACCUGGCUUCCAUCUCUGCUGGAGAGAAUGACACAGAGAUCGACCAGGUGGCGUGUUUCCACGAUGCAGUGAUGGGAUACGCUCCUCUGCUCUACUCCCUCUCCCCUGAGGCUGGCUUUCAGGAGUUCCUGAAGUGUGCUCAGCAGGUGUGGGACACCCAAAACAGAGAUGACAAGCUACCAGACAAAUUGAGAGAGUCCACUCGCCUGCUGAACUGGCUGAAAGCACUGAAGGAGACGCAUGGCUCUGUGGAGCAGUCCUCCCUCUCCCUGGCUUCUUCUAUUAAUGCUGAUGGAGUUUAUCACAUAGGGUGGUGUGAUGAAAACACAGAGAAGAGAUGUCUACAGAACAUGAUACGGGUCACAAUAAGGGGCACAGAGGAAAAGAGCUACCAGCUUGAAGACCUUCUGGAGCUACAAAACAAGCUCAUGCUCAUGUCUUCCAAAGGCGAGCACGGCAGAGAGCAAGUCAACAGAUUUACAGAGGUUUUUGAAGGAGUUCAAAGGCUGGGCACCAUCCUUCUACAGAUGCAAACAUCCGGCAACAUGCUCUUCAGGGAUUGGCAUGCUGAGGUCAAAUGCUGCCCACAACAGCAGCAGCCGUGCAUCAAAGCCACCUUCUUAUCCCUGCAGGGUAAAGAGAUGGCGUACUACGGCGAGGUGACCGAGCAGCUGCAAAAGCUGACUCACUCCAUGGAUAGCUGCAAAGACGAAUGGUGCUCCUUCAUCAGUGAGAUGCGCUCCUCCUUUAACUUGUUGAACCACUACACCUCAGAGCAGAUGGUGUACCUGUGCCACUGGAUACACAAAGUGUGUCAACGUCAAGCGCCAGUUCCUCCACAGUUAUGGCUUUUACUUUUCCCCAUAAACCCUCAGUGCACUCCUACUGAUGUCAGAGAAGCUUACAUUAAUGCAGCAAGUAUUCAUUCAAAGCAUGAUGAGGAAGAGGAAGAUGUUAAGUUUGUGAAUGAAGAUCAAUCGGUUCUUUCUAUGGACUCAACACCAGCUUCACCGGGACACAGUGAAGAGGACAGGGAGGAGGUUCUUGAUUUGAUGGAUUUUUCCUCAGAGGAUGAAGAUGAUGGUGUCUUGAAGUGUCAUAAUGAGACCGCAGAGGACGCCCUACCCGGGCACACUGAUGACAAGAUGAACUGCGAUGAAGACAGUCUUGAAAGACUCUGGUGUAAAUUCAAGAACAACAUGCCACAGUACCUCGACGAGCACUUGGAUAUCCCAUCUCUUGCCAAUUUCCUCUCAUGCCUCUCUGAAAUGAACCAGGAACAGACCAUAAGAGAUCUUCCACUGGUUCUCCAGGAGGGAAAACCCAAUCUUGUGAUUUGUCCCAGUGCAGAAGUUUUUACCACCAUCCUGUCUUUUUACAUGCAGAGUCCAGAUCAACCUCUGCCAUCUACUGAUGAGGUUCUAGUCUGCAAAGAGGAAACCACAGAGGAGGAGGUGGAGAUUUUUCUCCGCCGAGCCCUCGGUCAGGGCUCAGAAGGAAACUGGCAGAAGAUAUACUCUCUCGUCAAUCCAGGGCUGCUGGGAUAUGAUGUCAGUGAGGCCUCUGGGGAGCUCUUUGAGUUUCUUAAGAGAAGUGCCAACCCUCAUUAUCGCUUGAUUAUAGUCAGUCCGGUUGAGCACCAGCACAGAUACGUACCCUCUUUCUUCAGCAAUUUCAAAGUACAGGCUGGCAUGAAUCUAACAGCAGAGACUGCCAGGAAAUAUCUACAUCACCACUUCACACAAAACAUCCCACAAAACCCUGUCACACAGGUUUCUCCUGAUAAGCUCUCAGUCUGGAUGGUGUCAUCUGUACGCCCUGCAGUUGGAAAAUCCCUUUUUGUGGAUCGUUUGUUUGAGAAGUUCCAGCAGAAAUCUCCCAGAGCAAAACAUAUCAGGAUCAGACUGAUUGAGCCAUGUGUUGAUAUGGACUCUUUGAUAAAGACUCUUUCAGAGAAACUUGUCCCCUUGAGAGAGCAGGACCCUUGCAUCCUGCACAUAGACAUCGCUGGAGUCCGUUCAGGUCUAGAGGAGCUCCUGUUCCAUCUGUUGAUACUGGGCUGUUUGAGUGACAGCCAUGGCAUGUUGUGGAGAAGAAAAGUUUCUCAUUUGAUUACAGUUGAGGUCCUGAGAACAUGCAAAUCCACUCAAAACCAACCAAAAGAGAUGAAGCUUGGACUUCUUGACAUUCUGCCUACCAUCCAUUGUAGACCUCCAAAAGAGGUGAAGCAGUUGAUGGACAGUAAAGGGGUGUUGAAAAAAUUGAUCUUUGAUCCACUCAUGGAUGAUCAGGAGUUUUGCAGUGAGGGUAUUCAAAGACCCUAUCAGUACUUAAAGCUCUACAGUCAGAAUCAGAAUCUGGAUCGGUUUAAAUACCAGGAAGGAUCCAUAAUGGGAAAUCACAUUGAUUGUGUCAAUCUUUUUCUGUCAAACUGUGGAAUGCAAGAUCCAUCUUGGGCAGAGUUGAAGAACUUCUCCUGGUUCCUCAAUGUGCAACUGAAAGACUGUGAGAACUCCAUUUUCUGUAAUCCAGAUUUUCUGGCUGACCAGCUUCCCGGUUUCAAAGGCUUCGUUGUGAAGUUUAUGAUCCGAAUGGCAAAAGAUUUUGCUACGCCAUCUCUGAACACAUCUGAUGAAAGUUCCAUGCUGCACAUCAAUAACAGUCUGGAAGAUGACCUUCUUGCCCGUCUGACAAUUCGCAAGCAUUGGGAAAAUGAGUCUCAUCCAUACAUUUUCUUUAAUGCAGACCGAUUCUCAAUGUCAUUUCUGGGCUUUAAUGUGCGGAAAUGUCAGAGGCAAAACACAUUCAAUGCAGUUGAUCCUCGAAGCAACAAAGUCCUGAUAGAAGAUGUGAUGUCACAAAAACUUUUUGAAGACUUGGAACGGCAAACGAUUUGUCUCACAGAAGACUUUGAUCAGUUGCCCCGGGCAGACAAAAUCAAAAGGAUUUCGUGCGUUGUUGGUGCAGAGAAAGGAAUAAUGGACAGAACAUUUGAUCCAGACCCAACAUAUGAACUCACUGCUGACAAUGUGAUGAAGAUGUUGGCAAUACACAUGAGAUUCCGAUGUGGAAUUCCAGUUGUCAUCAUGGGAGAAACAGGCUGCGGUAAAACCAGAUUAGUCCGUUUCCUUUGUGCUCUGCAGAGGGAGCAAAAACCUGUGGAAAACAUGGUACUUGUCAAGGUUCAUGGUGGAACAACAGCAGAGAUGAUCUACAGAAAAGUGAGAGAGGCAGAGAUACUUGCUGUAAAUAACCGAAGAUCUCACAAACUAGACACCAUUUUGUUCUUUGACGAAGGCAACACUACAGAGGCCCUUUUUGCCAUCAAGGAAAUCCUGUGUGACCAAUCAAUGAAAGGGGAACCUCUAAAAGCAGGCAGUGGCUUAAAAAUAAUUGCUGCAUGUAAUCCUUACAGGAAGCACUCACCUGAAAUGGUUAAACGUUUGGAACGUGCUGGUUUAGGAUACAGAGUGAAGGCAGAUGAAACAGAAGACCGUCUUGGCAAAGUCCCCCUGAGGCAGCUGGUGUACAGAGUUCAUCCUCUGCCACCAAGCAUGGCUUCCUUGGUGUGGGACUUUGGUCAAUUGAGUGAUUCAACUGAACUCUCCUACAUCAAACAGAUUGUGCAGAAGCAACUCGAAGAACAUCGGUUGCCAGCAGCCUGCAAGGACAUCAUUUCCAAUGUGCUGGCAGCCUCGCAGGAAUAUAUGCGUGGUCGGAAAGAUGAGUGCAGUUUUGUGAGUCUCAGAGAUGUGGAGAGGACUAUGAAGGUGCUAGUUUGGUUUUACCAGCAUAGCGAGGUCAUUUUCAACAACUGCUCUCCCCUCAGUGCGGCUCAUAAAACACUGAAGUGCUUGAUUCUUUCAGUUGGGGUCUGCUACUACCCAUCUCUGGUGGCCAAAGAUGAGUACCUCUCCGUGAUUUGUAGGUACUUUCCAGAGCCUUAUUGCUCUUCAAAAGCAUUGCAGCAAGAGAUUUCAACCUGUCAAGACUUCUUCCUUCAGAACAUACAGACAGGGAAUACCAUAGCCAAAAAUAUUGCUCUCAAAGAGAAUGUGUUUCUCAUGGUGGUUUGCAUUGAGCUCAGGAUCCCACUCUUUGUGGUUGGUAAGCCAGGCAGCUCAAAGUCGCUUGCUAAAACAGUGGUCGCUGAUGCCAUGCAAGGCCAGAACUCACACUGUAAACUAUUCAAGAAACUCAAACAAGUUCAUAUGGUUUCCUUCCAGUGCAGUCCUCACUCAAGUCCAGAGGGAAUCAUAGGGACAUUCAGGAACUGUGCCCGUUUCCAGAAGGACAAAAACAUGGACGAGUAUGUAUCUGUGGUGGUCCUUGAUGAGAUAGGACUUGCAGAAGAUUCUCCUAAGAUGCCCCUGAAGACUCUUCACCCUCUCUUGGAGGAUGGUUGCAUUGACAACGACAAGCCAGAUCCACACAUGAAGGUUGGCUUUGUUGGAAUUUCCAACUGGGCUCUUGACCCAGCAAAAAUGAACAGAGGAAUAUUUGUGUCAAGAUGUGAUCCGAGUGAGGAUGAACUUGUGGCAACUGCCAAGGGAAUUUGCUCCUCCUCCAACCAAAUUCUUCUGAAAAUCAAUCACCUGUUCCCAUCUUUGGCAAAGGCAUUCUUGAGUAUCUGUAAUGAGACAACAAAGAAUCAGUUCUUUGGUCUAAGGGACUAUUAUAGCCUGGUCAAAAUGCUCUUUGCCGUUGUCGAUUCAACACAAGAAGAGCCAGAUGGUGGACAGUUGGUUGAGGCCAUCUUGCGUAACUUCAGUGGACAACCAGAGGAUUUUGACCCUGUAAUGUUCUUCCAAGAGGUUCUCCAGAACUUAACAGAAAUUCCAAGACCAAGCACCUUGAAAAUGGUGAAAAAUAAUCUUGACCAUGACACCAACCAUGUGAGCCGUUACCUCCUUUUGCUGACCACCAACAAUGCAGCUCUCCAUUUCCUUCAGCAACACAUCUUCGCCAAAGGAGACUAUCCACCUCCUGAAAUAGUCUUUGGCUCAGGAUUCCCGAAGGACCAGGAAUAUGCCCAAAUCUGCCGUAACGUGAACCGUGUGAAGACUUGCAUGGAGACCGGACGUACUGUCAUCCUCCUCAACAUGCAAAAUCUUUACGAAAGCCUGUACGAUGCCUUGAACCAGUACUACGUUUACCUCAGUAAUCAGCAAUAUGUUGAUCUUGGUCUUGGUUCCCACAGAGUCAAAUGUCGUGUCCAUACACACUUCAGACUGGUGGUGAUAGAGGACCAGAAGAAGGUCUAUGAGCACUUUCCCAUGCCCCUCAUCAACAGGCUUGAAAAACACAGGGUGGAUAGGAGUACCGAUCUGGAACCAUGGCAACACAGGGUUCACCGCAAACUGAAGGAGUGGGUGAAUGAUUUCUCAGGUGAGGCCUCGCAAUAUUUCAAGUUGUCUGAUAUUUUCAUUGGCCACCAUGGAGAUGCCUGUGCCAGUGCUCUCUUGCAAGCACUAGAAAGUAGAGCACAACAAGGUGAAGACAGUAUAGUAAGACAACAUCAACAAAUUGAUCAAGAAGACCUACUGGAAGGACAAGAUCCAAACAAAUCACAUGGACCAAAUGCCAACAAACAGAAAGAAGACCCUGAUAAAGAGGAUGGUCAGUUGGGUGAUGCAAUGGACAUAGAGACUGAAGGAAAAGGGCAAGAAAUUGAGUCAAUGAAAAAGAACGAUGAUGAAUCCACUGAGGUAUGUGAUGGUGAGAACAAAGUGAUGUCUGAGCUUGAAGAACCGAUGGAAACAGAAAACGCUGUUGAGUCUCCUGGAGAAAAUGAGGAAGAAGAAGUCUUGGAUUUAGCUAAAUGUCUCUUGUUGAACUGUGCAACCCCGGACGCUGUUGUGAGGCUCAAGUCUUCAGAAUUGGCAAACCAAGAGAAGGAGAAACUCCAGAGAUUGUACUUCCAGCAACAGCAUCAUCACUGCCUUAGAGAAUUCCUGAAAGAUUUCCUGAACAAGCAUGAGGGGUCCAGCAAGUUUCUAGAGAUAACUACAUUCUCGGGCUUGCUAACCAGAUCAGAUGUCAGCAUUUUAGCCAAUGCUCUAGGACUACAAACUAACAGGAUCCUCAUGCUGUCACUCCACCAGUUUGACACUGAGAUCUCCUUCUGCAACAAUAUAAGGGCCUUCCUCAAAGAUGCUGACAACUCUCUUCAUAUCAUGCUAAUCCAGAUGGACCUCGAGGAAUCCCACUGCAGCGAUGAGCUCAUAGCAUCAGCAAAGUAUUGCACCAUGAAUUACUUGAUGACACUGGAGCAUCAGACCUGCUGGGUGAUUUUCAUUGUGAGGGUUUCUAGGAUCCCAAGUAAAUCCCAGUACAUUGGUUUCCAAGGAGGUGUCUGGCAGUCGGUGCAUAUUGAUGACUUGAGGGAUUCAGACGACAUGAGCCGGAACCUGUUGGUUUUCUGUGGAACUCUCAUUAGCAGCCUAGUUAACCCUGCACUUUCAGAACAUGAUGAAGAUGGAGAAACAUUGAAGCAAAGGAAAGACCCCGAGGGAGAUAGAGCCCAUCUCGACAGCCUCUCCUUAGUGAGAUCAUGUAUCCAAAAAGCUGUGGGUUUGAUGAGGGAACCCGAUGGUGUGACAUCGCGAGGCAUGCAGCGGAUGCACAUCCUUCUGACUCUUCUGAGAACUGAUGAAGUGCAAAUCGGAGUUAAAGCCCACUUUCAGGAGGUGAUGUUGAGUAGACUGGCAGAGGCUUUGGCACAGAGAGAAGAACUGAUGCAUUCUCCUAAGCAGUGGGUGAGCAGAGAAGCCCAGAAACGCCAGGCUCUACAGGAGGGUGGAACUUGGAGACAUACCCUGUGGCGCUGUCUGCAGUCCAGCGUGACUCCGAUCUUGGCGAACAUGUUGGAAGUUAUGGACAGGUAUGCAAAUCUGGACUUGCUCUCUGGUGACAGGCUCAGCGAGGGCCUGAUAAAGCUGUGGUUGGACAUCCUGGCAGACUCACAGAUUUUGGGUUUAACAACCGUCCAAAACCCAAGUGAGUCAGACCAGGAGGUGCUUGUGCAUCACUUCUUCCUGUUGGAUGGUGAAGAAAAACCCUGUGCUGCCCCGUUCAGCUGGUGCAUCAGAAUGCACCUUGAAAGUUUGUGGGAAGAAUCAGAAUUCAUGCCAGUAAGAGAGGAUGGCACAGGGAGGAUUCUCCAGUUUGUGAGCUCCUUCACCAACAGCAGGCUGGGCAGUCACUUCCAGAAACUCUCAGAAGAAGAGAGAUUGGAGUACGGCCAACACUUUCUACAAGACUUUCUGCUGCUCGCUUUGAAGAUCAAGUCUACGGACGAACUGAGGGUGUUCACCAGGGCCAUGUUGGGCUGUGUGUCCGAGCUUCAGACUUCUUUGGGUGCUGUCACUGAGCUCUCUCCUGCUUGGAUAAUGGCUGCUGCCAAACAUUUUGCCCUGAGACUGGACACUCUCUGCCACAUAUUUCUGCUGCAGCCCCAGCUAGCCCACAAUGUUCGAAAGCAGGGGGGAAAGAGGGAGCCGCCAGCAAUGGUGGAGGAUAUUCUAGCUCUUGGUAUGUGUGUUGAACAGACCAAACUGCUGACAGUAACGUCCCAGCAGGAGUGUGAGACCUUCGUGAGCAGGAUGAAACUCCUGCAGCCGUGUCUGGACCGAGCGUUCGGUCAGAAAUACAGAACCCUCUGCAGCCCCAGCUGUCUGCACCAACUGGACUCCAUCAGGUCACUGUGGCAUGGGAUGCUGGUUGUUGCAUCUUUUAUACAGCACAUCAUUUUUAAAGUGAAUAAAAAUGACUCAAGAUUGGAAGAACUGGCUCUCAAACACUGCAACCUUCACCUGAACUUGAUGCAGGAGUCACCGGAUGUAAAGAGUGUGGACACACUGCAGCAGCUGAUCCGGAUCCUCAACUGUUUUCACGAUGAGUGUAUGAGCAGGGACCUGAGGUUGGGCAUGUCUUGCCCAGUUUGCCUGUCGGAGCUCAAAGAGCCGGCCGUCCUGCCCUGUCAGCACGUCUUCUGUUUGGCCUGUCUGCAACGCUGCAUUCAGGAACACAGUUACUGUCCUAAAUGCAGGACAGACCUGCCACCUAACUUCAAGCCGGCUGUUUCUCCCGGCGUCAAGGCAGCACUUGCGCGGCAGGCAGCGAUCAGGGACUGCUGUAACUCCUUCUUCCUGGAGGUGGUGUCCAGGUUCUGCCUGUCAGAGGGACAGACGCCCGGGGAGGGGGUGGUGGAGCUGCUCUUCUCCUUACUGGUCUCCGCCAACGGAGACGUGUACCGGACCAGAGAGCUCACUCCCUUCCUGGAGUGUGUGGACAACAGUCCAGUGGUGCGCUCUGUGCUGCCCAAACUGCUGCUGCAGUACAGUUUUGAUCAGGUGAAGGCUCACAUUCAGACCUACCUGAAGAAUCUGGAGGAGAAUCUCCUGAACAGAGAAGACCGUACUGAACUCUACCUGCUGUUUGUCAACUGCUUCCAGGACUCUCUGCUGUGCUCAGAAGCGAGAGAAGUGGAGCAGAGUGCAGAACAACAAAGACAGGCAGAGAUCAGAUUCCUGAGCAGCUUUGCCAGAAAACAGACUCCGGACCGACAGCAGGACCCCGCAGAGUUCCUGCUCAACACGGCCCGGCUGAGGGUCAACCUGAGCACUGCUGCAGAGCUGCUAAAAGCUGUCGCAGCUCAAGGCAGACCAAAGGACAUGGAGGCUCAGUUCCUGCAGCAGGUGAAGGCGGUGUGUGAGGAUGGAGGGAAUGACUGGCACAGGGUGUACCUGCUCCGGGCCCUGAACAAAUGCUCAGGUAUGGACAGCAUACUGUCGCUGCUGAACAUCCCGGCCCGGAGGUGGCUCUUCCCUGCAGACCUCCUCCGACUUCAGAAGGUAACGCCAUCUAACAUGGACCCGUUCCUGUGCUGCGGAGCUUCUUACAGAGCCGUGAGAGAAGCUGUGGGCCAGGUGCUGCUGGAAAACAGAUCUGACAACUUGGUGACACAAAUAAAGAAGCUGAGAGAUCCUCAGAUGGGCCUGCUGGCCUUGGCCUUGUACAGACAGGUCACCUGCCGCUACAAAUGCCCUGAUGCCCGUAUGCUUCCCUCCCCACAGGAGUUGGCGGGACUGGAAGCUCUCCUGAAAAACGUCAAGUCAAAGGAGUUGAGGGAGUUCUGCACUGCGCUCCUGUCCAAUCACAUCGGUGGACCGGGCUCAGGUCUUCGCAUCAGCAGUAAUGUUUCUGCUCAGAGACAAAACCUCCUGGAGCUGCUGCUCCACCUGGACUCUGUGAUGCUCAGUGGAAAUAUUCUACUGCUUCCUCUUCAUCAGACAGCCUCCCAGCCUCAGAAUGUCACAAACUCCUUUCUGCCAACCAUGCCCGAUGAUCACACAUCUGAAGUCCUUCAGUGGAUGAAGGACAAGAGGUCACAGCUGUACUAUUGUACCAAUGGGCAUCCCUGGGUUGUGGACAAGUGUGGCAAACCAGUGGUUACAGCUAAAUGUAACACGUGUGGGGUUCUAAUUGGUGGGGAUAAUCACAACCCAGUGGAUGGAUUUACAGCAAGACAAAGUGUCACAGAUCAAACUCGGACAGGACACAUAUUAGGAAGGGCUCACCAGAGGUCUGAAGCCCCCGAGAGACAGAUGACCAGCGCUCAGUCCUGCAUCCUGCGGCUGCUCACACACCUCGCCAUGCUUCAGGGCUCCAUCAAAAACAACCAAGGAGUUGGUGACAUGAUCCACCCCAGGCCCUCUGAUGUUUCCAGCUUCCUGUGGGAGCACCUUGAGAAGGACAUGGAUGUGUUGGGGCAGACUCUGGAUCAGAACAUGGACAACACAGUUGUCACAGUUCAUCUGAUUCUCAAUACCUGCACAGGAUUCACUACAGGUUCCCGUGGAGCAACACAGGAUCUGUCCUCCAGACAAGGACGGCAACAGUGGGAGAAGUUUGUCUGUGUUUCUGCCAUCAACCCCGUUCUUCAUGAUUUGAAGAAGAAACUGUCUGAAACUCAGAACAGAAUCAGUGCUGAUGACGGUCUCGCUGGAAACCCCCUGAGGAUUCUCCUCUUCAAGGACCCCUCCGACAUGCUGACCCUCCCCUCCGACUGCCCGACACACCGCUCCUCCUUCUGGACUAUUCCACAGACGCUGACAGUGAAGCGCUUCUCUCAGUUGGUGGAGGAGGCACAGGGACGCAGCCCCCUCCUCCUGCUGAGCCUCUUCAUCACCAAGAUACCCUGUGUGAGGCAGUUACAUCACCUGCCUGAGCUGGCUGCUCUACAGUCCGACCUGUUGAGGGUGUUUCCUCUGACAUCAGACUCCACAGAUAAGACUAUUGCACAGAUGUUACAGCAGAUACCAGCAGGAUACCAGAAGAAGAUGCUGAAUGAGAGAGUGAAGAAAUUCAUGAAGGUGUGGAACUGCCUCAGAGCAGAGGUGGCCAACUCAGCAGAGCUGGAUGGGAACUUGUGUCAGGAGGAGGUGACAACCGAGAGCUCUGGGGAGUUUCUGACGCCGUGCCGACAUGGACGGGGCUCUUGUCUCCGAACUCUGGUGGACUUCCUGUCGGAGGCUCACAACAGCCUGGUGAGAGCCAGCCGCACAGAGGACAGUGAACACAGUGUUCCUUUAGAGAGCAUAUCAGAAACCCAGCUGACCCUGUGCAGCCCGGAGAGAGAGCUGCUACCUCUGGUUUUAUCCCACUGCCAUUACACCUUGAAGAAAGGUGGGGAGACCGACAGCAACUACGACCUGCCGGGCAUCCAAACCCAGCUGGCCCGCCGCUUCCUGGCUGGAAAACCACUUAUCCAAGCGGACACCUCGAGGUACUUAAACAGACAGCUGCAGGACUUCUCUGUGAUUCUAUCCGAGGUCAGAGGCAAGAUUCACCAGGAACCGCUGAAGGGUUCGGUGAGCAGCGCCAUGAAGACGGUGCUGCGCUCGUACACAGAUGUGUGUGAUGCUGUGAACGUGGUGGAUAUUGGCCUUCGCUUUCUUGGCAAGGCAGGCGGGGAUCCACAGGGUCAACUCCUGACCUACCUCACUGAUUCACUGCAGAUGGAGAAGCAGAUUUCCAGCACUGUAGCCAAGGCUCUUGGAGAGAGCAAACUUGAACACAGCAUAUCCACCUGGCAGAUCCUGACUUCUUGGAAGUCUGAGCUAAUGCUAAGCAGAAAGCAAGACCCGUUUCAGAAGCUACCCACAAAGUUCCAGAAGACGCUCUCUGAGGACGAGAGGAAGGGGCUGAAGGUUUUCCUUGCUGCCACAGAUGUUGAAACAUUCUGUUUGGAGCUGCAUGAAAUUCUGCUUCUGAAGAUCAACCACGACGUGCCUGGCGAGGGUUACCAAGCCCAUUGGGGCGUCAGGUCCACCUUAGAGAACCAUUUGGAGAAGAAAGGCCUUUCAGAUCUGCUGGAGCUCGAGUCGUUAUCAGAGGACACCACUCUGGGACAAGGGGCUGACGUGUGGAGGGCUGCUGUGGAGUUCAAAUUAAGAAGAUAAAUUAUGAUUACAGUCUUAUUUCUGAUCUUUUUCUUAUAUUGCCAUUUAUUUGUGUUGUUAUUGUUAUAUCAUUAAUGCAAUAUCUGCAUUAGGAUUGAAUGUCUAUGAUAAUGAUAGGGCAUGUUCUGAUGAGUCUAAAUAUAUCUGUAUAUUUUGAGAUGUCUGAAAGUGACAGGAUAGUGCAGUAUAUGUAUUUAAAGCAGGCCUAUUUUCAUAUGAAUUAUGUUAUGUGUUAAUAACAAAUCAGGGAACAAUACUUAAGUUGAUUAUAAAUUAAUCAGAAUUUAGUUUUCGGUGAAACCAUUUUCCAACGCUGAAUAAUUACUUUUCUUUUUUGUUAAAUUGUUGUUUUAUUUUUCCUAUUUUUCUUAUAAUAAAGACAUCUUACAUUUUCGAAGCUGUUAAAAUUGAGUCCAUUUUAUAAGACAGGCUCUUGAUUUAUCCCUCUAAAGACAACUUACAAGUACAUAACUUUAAGUAAAGUAUAAAUAGAUAAAACAAAUGGGGAAACAUUUGAAACACUUAAGUUUAACGGUGAAAAGAUCAGGUAAAUAAUUAGAUAUCAUAUCACAUUACAUGCUUUAUUGUUUGACUUUAAGAGGUUGAAGAAUGUUGAGAUGAAAUAGUGUAUUAUUGAACUCAUUGCAUAAACAAAAUAAAACUUGUACAUUUUA